UCCCUCUCUCCCUCUCUCUCGCUCUUCCUCGUCGGCUGCCCGGAAUGAUCUCAGCCAUCUCCAGCCCGUGGCUGACGCAGCUCUCCCAUUUUUGCGAUGUUGCAGCUUUCACCGCCAACAGCCUGAGCAGCCUCAACUCGGCCGCGGCCGCCGCGGCGGGCUACCCCCACCUCCCGCCCUCCCCGGCCGGCGAGCCCUACGGCCAGCAUGAAGCGCCGCCGCACUACGAGCCCUGCUCGGCCCAGCCGCAGCCGCACCACCCGCCGCCGGCCCAGCCCCAGCAGCAGCAGCAGCACCACCACCAGCCGCCGCACCACCACCCCGGCCAGGCGCAGCACGGCGGCUACUCGUUCGCGCCCGGCGCGGCGGGCACCAACCCUCCGCCCCCGGUGGGCUCCGAGGCUCCAGAAGGCGGCGGAGGCGGAGGUGGCGGCGGCGGAGGAGGAGGAGGAGGAGGAGGAGGAAGCGGCUCCGGCUCCGGAGGAUCGGGCCCGGCCUCGGCCAAGGCGCCGGUGAAGAAGAACCCCAAGGUGGCCAACGUCAGCGUCCAGCUGGAGAUGAAAGCGCUCUGGGACGAGUUCAACCAGCUGGGCACCGAGAUGAUCGUCACCAAGGCCGGCAGGAGAAUGUUCCCCACUUUCCAGGUGAAAAUUUUCGGGAUGGACCCUAUGGCGGACUACAUGCUCUUGAUGGACUUCGUCCCGGUGGAUGACAAACGCUAUCGAUAUGCAUUUCACAGUUCGUCUUGGCUGGUGGCUGGCAAAGCCGAUCCUGCUACACCCGGGAGAGUACAUUACCAUCCAGAUUCUCCAGCAAGGGGGGCUCAAUGGAUGAAGCAGAUUGUCUCCUUUGAUAAACUGAAGCUGACGAACAAUUUAUUGGAUGACAAUGGGCAUAUCAUUUUGAACUCCAUGCACAGAUACCAGCCACGUUUCCACGUGGUCUACGUGGACCCACGAAAAGACAGCGAGAAGUACGCUGAGGAGAACUUUAAGACUUUUGUCUUCGAGGAGACUCGAUUUACCGCCGUCACGGCCUAUCAAAACCAUCGGAUAACCCAGCUUAAGAUUGCCAGCAACCCGUUUGCAAAAGGAUUCCGAGACUGUGAUCCUGAAGACUGGCCUAGGAAUCACCGACCAGGAGCCUUGCCUCUUAUGAGUGCCUUUGCUAGGUCGAGAAAUCCAGUGUCUUCCCCGGUGCAUCAAAAUGGGACUGACAAAGAUACGGUGGAGAGCCGGCGGGAAUACGAGCGGGAAUCAGCUAGCGGGACACCGCUCCAUGCAGAUCCGACUCAGCAGCUCAUGUCUCGGGUGUUAAGUCCGGCGCUCCCAGUUCCUGGCGGAGGGGGCUUGGUUCCACUCACCAGUCCAGCUGGGAGCCGGCCUAGCCCCCCGCAUCACGAGCUGCGUCUGGAGACCUCUGUGUCUGAGCCCCUCCAUCAUCACCCCUACAAGCACCCGGUCUCAGCCUACGACCAUUAUCUGGGAGCCAAGAGCCGGCCAGCCCCCUAUCCCUUGCCCAGUAUCCGGGGACACAGUUACCACCACCACCACCACCACCACAUGAAUCCCGCCGCAGCCGCCGCAGCUGCAGCCGCCGCAGCUGCAGCCAACAUGUAUUCUUCAGCUGGAGCACCCACCAGCUAUGACUACGGACCAAGAUAACCUCUCGGAUGCAAGGUCCUCAAGCUCUGACUGACUCUUUGCAUGGUGUGCAUUGCUCAGUAGUGUACCUUUGGGAAGAGUUCCCUGUUUCUGAGAUGGGGGGUGGGGGG